AUGUCACUUCCUCUAUUAGUUGUCGUUGGCGCCCUUGGCAGCCAAGGUUCCGGCGUCGUCGCUGCAAUGCUGGCAACGUCUGAGCCACAGUACCAGAUUCGGGCACUUACUUCAGAUCCCUCCAGUCAGGCUGCCCGCAGUCUGGCCACAAAUCCUAGGAUUUCCGUGGAGUUGGUCGACCUCAACUCGCAAGACAGCGUCUUGAAGGCCUUUCGAGACGCAAACUAUAUCUUUGCGAAUACAGCCUUUCCAAUCGGCAUGUCAAUUGCCGAGGGCCCUGCUGCUGCUCAGAAAGCUGAACAAGAGUAUGGACUGAAUGUGGUUCGUGCGGCAGCUCAGAUAUCUUCCCUUCGGCAUAUUAUAUGGUCUACUCUUCCUGAUGCUGAAAGUAUCACCGGUGGGAAAUAUCAUAUCCCUCAUUUUCAGUCCAAAGUCCCGGCCGAAAAAUAUCUUCAAGAUCCCAACAAUGGUCUGGUCGGAAGGUCCACCAUUCUUCGGGUCGGUUUCUACGCAUCCAACUUGAAGUUAGGUCUUUACAAACCGCUGUAUAUAAAAGCGAUUCAAAAAUAUUUGCUUAUUCUACCGUGUCUUCCGACAUCACGAUUUCCCUUCACCGGAGAUGAAAGUCGUAACACUGGCACUAUCGUUAGAGCCAUUCUGUCUCAGCCAGAGAAAACCUUGGGAAACUAUGUGCUCGGCGUAUCCGAGUAUAUGUCGUGUUCGGACUGGGCGCUCACCUUUUCCAAAGCAUUGAGCCAACAAGGGAAAGAUGUUGAGGUUUCAUUCUUGGAAACGACUUUGGAAAGCUAUAACAGGCUCCAGGGCCAUCAUGCUGCCGAAAUAGGUUGUAUGAUGAGUUUCUUUAGCGAUCUAAAAGAGGAAAGCUAUACCAAGGGGACAGCUGGAUCAAUCCUCACUCCGGAGGAUCUGGGAGUCCAGACAUCCAUGGUAUCUGCGGAGGCGAUGUUGAAGGAUAUGGAUUGGUCUUCAAUCUUAGCUUAA